AUGGGAAGGGCUCCGUGUUGUGACAAAAUAGGGUUGAAGAGAGGGAGAUGGACCGCCGAGGAAGAUGAGAUCCUCACUAACUAUAUCCAAACCAAUGGUGAAGGUUCUUGGCGGUCUUUGCCUAAAAAAGCCGGAUUGUUGAGAUGCGGAAAGAGCUGUAGACUAAGGUGGAUAAACUAUCUGAGAAGGGAUUUGAAAAGAGGAAAUAUUACGGCCGAGGAAGAAGAUAUCAUCGUCAAGUUGCAUUCCCUUCUCGGCAACAGAUGGUCGCUUAUUGCAACACAUCUACCAGGAAGAACAGACAACGAAAUUAAAAACUAUUGGAACUCACAUCUCAGCCGCAAAAUUUACACCUUCACUGCCGUUUCCGGAGACGAACACAACUCAACCGCAGAUGAUUUAUUCCUGAAGAAACCUUCCGGCUCUGGAGCCAAGAACAAGAACAAUGCCAAGAAGAAGAAGAAGAAGGGAAGAACUAGUAGGUCAUCCAUGAAGAAACACAAGCAAAUGGUGACUGACUCGAAAUGUUUCACACAUCCAAAAGAGCUAGAGAGUGAGAUCAGUAACGCAGGGCAAAACAGUAAUUUUGAAGGACAGCCUUUGGGGCCUUAUGAGUGGUUGGAUAGUGAGAUAGAGCGGCUCAUGAGUACUUUCGUUUGGGAAUGUACUAGUGAAGAUGCUGCGAUUAAAGCGAAUGAUGAAGAGUUUGAUCGGAACAAGGUAUGUGAGAGCGGGGACAAUAGUAGUUGUUGUGUGGGGUUGUUUGAGGAAGAACAAGGAAAGCUUGGUGACAUAGAGGUUGAUCAUGUCAUGAAUGUUGAAAAAGAAAGAGAGGGAAGUGUUUUGAGUUCAAAUUAUUCAAACGAAAAUGGUGAUAAAGAUUGGUGGGUUGGUCUAUGUGAUUCUUCAGAAGUUGGAGUUGGGAUUGAUGAGGAGUUGCUUGAUUGGGAGUUUCAAGGUAGUUUGACUUGCCAAAGUGAUGAUCUCUGGGAUCUCUCAGAUAUUGGAGAGAUAACAAUCGUUUGA